AUGCCAUUCGAAAAGUACCUUGGACCGCAGGAUGGCCAGAGCCAUGUCGAUAACUCGAGCUCCUAUGUAGCCCCAACAAGCACAUCUUACACAAGCUCCAACGUCGUCCACGUCGACCACGCUGCUUCGUCGUUCUCGAACCCAGUGCAGCUUCAGAUUCCGCAAUUCAUCUAUGGUGGACCCCCGAUGCUGGCGCCAGGCGGGGGUGCAGAAGUCCUCCCCGCUGCCUCGCUCAACAAUUCGUGGUUCACAAACAACGGCUUCACGCCCCGAUUUCCAAACGAAGAGAUAUUCCACGGGCACUCGCAAUCGAUAUCACCAGAUAACGAACAGCGACGCAGCAUAGUAGCGGAUCCCCUGGCGCCGACACCAAGGAGUGCUCGACCUCCGCCGUUUGAUUAUACCCCUCUGCACUCACUGCGUACUGAAUUACCAUCGACGGCGCCCUUGCUGUACUCACCCUUGGACAUGACCGCAGUAUCAUCUAAAUCGCUUCAACCGAGUACCACCCAAUAUCCGCCCUCUUCGAACGCGCUCUCAUUGGCCGCACCAUCGUCCCUCGGCCUCCCUGUGUACUCCAGCUCUGGAUUUGACCUUCUCUCCAUCCUCGCCCGCGUCGUAAACCGCCCCAAUCCCAGAAUCUCUUUGGGCCCCGUCGACCUUACUUGUUCAUUCGUUGUCGCUGAUGUUCGCCGGCAUGACAACCCUAUCAUCUUCUGCUCCCCUACAUUCUGCGCUUUGACUGGAUACGACGAGUCUGAAGUCGUCGGUCGCAACUGUCGAUUCCUUCAGGCUCCCAAUGGUGCCGUGACAAAGGGAGAGCAACGGCGCUUCACCUCGCCGGAGGCGGUAUCCUACAUGCGCAAAUCCCUUGCAGCAGACAAAGAAUGCCAGACAAGCAUAGUGAACUACCGGAAGAAUGGAACUGCGUUCAUCAACCUCGUCACCGUCAUCCCCAUACCAGGUGGCGAACAAGGUUUGCCCCACGAAGAGCAUGAGGUGUAUUACCAUGUCGGCUUUCAGGUGGAUCUAAAUGAACAACCCAAUGCCAUACUGGACAAGCUUCGAGACGGUAGCUACAUGGUGAAUUAUACUGCGGCUGGUGGCGGGGCACCUCAGUUGCCCUACCCGACUCGCGAAAGGAAGGGGCAUACUCCUCCCCAGCCUGUCAUGUCAAAAGGCCUGAAGGCCCUCUUGGCCGACCGCACAUUCAUCGAAUCCCUUCCUCCAUCUUCAACGACCGUCGCACCCCCAUCUUCUGAAAAAGCCGAAUCUCGUGAAGCAAGUACAUCACUCAGCACAGUCUUACUCUCCAACACCCCCGACUUCAUGCUCGUCGUGUCGCUGAAAGGGUUGUUUUUAUAUGUUGCGCCUGCGGUGCGGCGGGUGCUCGGGUAUGAGCCCGAGGAGCUGGUGGGGAAGGCUAUCACUGAUUAUUGCUACCAACACGAUAUCGUCCCCCUCACUCGCGAACUGAAGGAGUCGUCAGCGACACCAGGCAGUACCAACGACCUUCCGCACUCCACGAUGCCUCGCACUGUGGAUCUGUUGUUCCGUGCGAGGACGAAGGCGGGGGACUAUGUUUGGGUGGAGUGCCGCGGGCGUUUGCACGUUGAACCCGGCAAGGGUCGCAAGGCGAUUAUCCUGAGUGGUCGUGCAAUGGGGAUGGCAUCCAUGAUAUGGUCAAGUAUCGUGCAGGGCGGAGGGUUGAACACCUCUAUCAGAAACACUCGAGCCAUCAGCAGGCCCGAGGACGAAGGCGUGGAAGUCGAGGUUGUUGAGACGGAGCGUGAGUUCUGGGGGUCGUUGAGUAAGGAAGGCGUGCUGCUCGUUGUUGGGCGGGGAGCGAAGGACGUACUUGGGUGGGCAGAAUCGGAGAUGCAAGGAAUGAUGUUGGCGAGCUAUUUAGCAAAUGGUGAGGAGCAUGCGAUGAAUGUUUUGGACGAGGAGUUGCGGAGAAUGUAUAGUGAGGGUAGGAUGGAUUCGAGAAGGGUCUACACCAGGAUGCGGAGGAAAGAUGGGGGACAUGCUAGCGUGCACCUCGUUCUCCACCAACCACAACCACAAAGCGGCCACGAUUUAGGGAUCCCUCGCCCAUCAGUGCUUUACCAGAUCCAGGUGAUCGACCAUCUGCCUAGCAAUAUCCAGGCGUCUGGGACGUUAUGCCACGAGAGCUCGGGCGAUGUAUUCGAGGAGCUGCAGGUGACGAGAGGAACCAGCUGGCAGUAUGAAUUGCAACAACUCAGAUUCGCGAACCAGACUCUGAAUGAUGAAAUUGGGCUUUUGGAGGCGCAGAGGGUACAGGCCGAGCAGCAACAGCAACAACACCAGCAGUCGAGUCGUGGAGAGCCAUACGAUGGUAGAGCAAGUUCGUCAUACAACAGUUAUGGCGGGGUCAAACGCAGCUGGGAUUCGAGGCAAUAA